UGCGAGAUCCCAAAACCGAAAGGUGGAGGGCGAGGGAAUCGUCAUCUUCGUAAUCGUAGUUCCCUCUUUUUCAGUUUUCGAUUUGGUUCUCUCAGAAAAGCUCAUAGAACCUAACUUGUCCUUCUUUCUUCUCUGAUUCUCAAAUUCAUCAUCGUAGUUCCUUCUUUCUUCCAUUAUCGAUACAGAUUAGAUUCAAAGUGACAUUCACUUCUCCUCCUCGUCAGGUUCAGGGUUUUUGAUUCGAGAUCUGAUCCGGUUUUCAAUUUUUUUGGUCCAAAAGCAAACUCAGGAAAUAUCAUUUGGAACUGAUUGAUGCGCUAAUUGUAAUUGUACUGUGGUCGUCCCUCUGCCCGAAUCGGAAGAUGGGAUUAGUAUUUACGAGAUUGUUUUCCUCCAUUUUCGGCAACAAAGAAGCUCGAAUCCUCGUUCUCGGCCUCGACAAUGCUGGGAAAACCACUAUUCUCUAUCGGCUUCAGAUGGGUGAAGUUGUCUCCACCAUUCCAACGAUCGGCUUUAAUGUUGAAACAGUCCAAUAUAACAACAUUAAAUUUCAAGUCUGGGAUUUAGGUGGGCAAACAAGUAUCAGGCCAUAUUGGAGGUGUUACUUUCCAAAUACCCAAGCAAUAAUCUAUGUUGUUGAUUCAAGUGACACUGAUAGGCUUGUAAUAGCUAAGGAAGAGUUCCAUGCAAUUCUGGAGGAGGAAGAACUAAAAGGUGCAGUUGUCCUCAUUUUUGCAAACAAACAGGACCUUCCUGGUGCCCUUGAUGACGCUGCUGUUACAGAGGCUCUGGAGUUACACAAGAUUAAAAAUCGUCAAUGGGCUAUUUUUAAAACUUCUGCCAUAAAAGGCGAAGGAUUAUUUGAGGGCCUGGACUGGUUGAGCAAUACACUCAAAUCUGGAGGUGGCUAAAGAUGUGAGCUUCAACGUAUUAGAUACUUAUAUGGAUUGGUGAAUUCAGAUGCAAGGUUGACAUAUGUAAUAUUCAAUCCUUAUAUUUUAUUCCGUUUUUUGUUUAAAGAUUAAAAAUUAAAGGUUUAUCAUUGGUUGCCUUUUGUAGUGAAUUUUUUCUGGGGUCCUUUUUGUAUUUUUUGGAAGUCCGUUUCUUAAUUCCUCUAUGUAGUAGUAGCUUCUAAAGAAAAUUUUCUCGUCUAAUCUGUUUAUGUAAUUGAGCAACAUUGGUUUACAUGUGAGUUGUGUGCUUAAC